CCUCUCCUCUCUCUCUCUCUCUCUCUCUCUCUCUCUCUCUCUCUUACCAACUAGAGGGAUGCCGAGGGGCGCGGAGCGCGCAAUGCUGGGGUGCUUCCAGGUCGCCCGGCGGCCGUCGCUGUCGUACGAGGAGGGUUCCGCGUCGGCGCCGUCGACGUCGGCCUCGCCGCCGACGUCCUCGGCGUCCACAUCGUCCCCGGCCUUCCUCGACGACGACGACGACGCGCUGUACCUGGACGACGCCGAGCCCGAGCCCGACGCGGGUGGGCUGUCCACCGCCAUCGCCGCCCGCCGCUUCUUCCUCGCGUCCCCCGGCCGGUCCAACUCCAUCGUCGACUCCAUCGAGCACCCGCCCGCCUCCCCCGCCCGGGACAGCAACUCCAGCAACGUCCGCGCUCUGCGCCGCGCGGCCACCUCCGCGUUCCCCGCGUCCGCCGCUGCCUCGGCUUCCUCUUCUUCCUCCUCCUCGUCGGCCACCGCCGCCACCAAGGCGCCCUUCCGCGACGACGGCAUGCAGCCGGUGCGGAAGGUCUCGCUGUCCACGGACACGCCCCGCGCCGACUUCCUCAAGUCCAUGGUGGAGAUGGUGGAGGCGCUGGGGCUGGACCCGCGCCGCCGCGACGCCGACCUGGCCUGCCUGCACGACCUGCUGCUCUGCUACAUCGCGCUCAACGAGCGCGACGCGCUCAGGGACAUCCUUGGCGCGUUCUCCGACCUCAUGAGCCUCCUCGACCUCGACGGCGGCAAGCAGGGUGAUGCCGCCCCGACCGCAGCAACAGCCGGCGGCGGGGAGAAGCGCAGCGCUGGCGUGCAGGAUAGCACGGCGAGCGGAUAGACAGAUAGAAACCGCGCCGGGCGCAUGGGACGGCGUCGUGUUCCGGGGCUUGCGUUGCCGGUGCGCUCGCGCUCGUGCUCGUCGGCACGUAGCGGUGGCGUGAGAGGAGAUCGUGUAGGAAGAGUAGAAAGGAGCUUGAGGUCGGAAGUAUGACAACAAACAGGCAAACCGGCUGUUGUUGUAUUGUGCUGGCGGGCUUCUUGUGCUUUUUUUUUAAAAAAAGAAAUAAUAGUGAUAGCCUAUUUUCUUAAUGGGUAUGUGAGAGUGAGGCUAUUUCCUAGAUUAAUGCUAGGUAGCUGAUGUAGAAGGUCGUGACCAUUGUAACAUACUCGUGCCAAUGCAAAACCAUUACAGUCAGAAAUGAUUGGUUUGUG